ACUUUACUUUCGGCGGGAAAUGUUAUGUGGUCGGUCGUCGGAGGUUUCAGAAACAAAACGGGGUAUUUUGGACAACAAUGAUAUUUCCAAAGGCGGCGCAACAUGUGAGACUAGACAGUGCGAUUGGGACGAAAGGUCUAGGAUUCAGGACGAAGACGAAUUGUUAGGUAGAUCAGAUGAAAAUCAGGACCUGUCUUAUGAAACUCAUUCUAACGAAACCGGUAGUUUUGGCGAGUUCCAUACUGCUGUUGAAUGUCUUAAUGAUUCAGAGGAAGGUAGUGGCGACUUUUCCAUCAAUACCAAGAAGAAAAGUAAUUUCGUCAAGCUCUCCACCGUUACCUCAGAGGAUGUCGAUCCUUUUGAGGACGUCACUACUGCUGUCUGUGAAGCUGAAGACAAAAAAGCUAUUUCGCCGAUUGAGUGGGAUAGAGUUUCUGAUGAAGAGAGCGAGAAUAGAGACGAGCUUCAUGUGGAUGCUCCAGGAGACGAGUUUUCGAAAGAGGAAGAAGCGCAAGUUGCAGUUCGGUCUUCUAGUAUAAGAGGACGUGUCUGCACAACAGAAAAAGAGAACUUGCUAGAUUCACGCCUCUUUAGGUCUGCAAAGUAUUUUCUGAUCAAGAGCAACAAUUUUGAAAAUAUUGAAAUAGCGAAGUCCCGUAAUGUAUGGGCUACAACAAAGGGUAAUGAGACAAGACUGAACAAAGCUUUCUUUGAUUACAAUAAUGUAUUGCUCAUCUUUUCUGUGCGUGAAAGUGGUAGAUUUCAAGGAUUCGCCCGCAUUAUCGCCUCCUCAGAUCCUCGGAUCAAGGUUGACUGGGUGCUAUCCUCACGCAUGAAUACUGGACUCCUGAGUAAUCCUUUUAGGAUUAAGUGGAUUUCGAAGUCCGAUCUACCUUUCACAAAAACUGGACAUCUUUUAAAUGCAUGGAAUGAGGACAAACCUGUGAAAAUCGGAAGAGAUGGUCAAGAAAUCGAACCCACAUGCGGCGAGGCACUGUGUCGGUUGUUCAAUAAAGAUGAAUCUGGAGAAGAUCAGAAACAACUAAACACUGUUCAGGCUAUUGGUGAAAGAAUUAGUCGUAGAAAUGCAUUUGAGAGACUUGGCAAAAUUGUUGGUCGCCAUGGUCAAACAAGUCAUAAUGGUGCUCGUGUUAUUGGCUUAAAUAGUCAAGUCAACACUGGGUUGUUGGGAGACGCAACUGGAACAAACCAGAGAUAUUUAGCAUCCACUGAACGAAGGAGUUUGAUGAAUUACCCUCCUGUAACACCUUUAAUAAACACAGACGGUUCGCGACUGACCUCAGCAGGUACUACACCUUUAUUACAAGUAAAUGCGGCAGCGGCUGCAAUGGCAGCAGCCGCAGCUAUGGCUGCAAUCAAGUCUGGACCACAGUCAAUUGGUGCUUUUACUCGGAGUGGGACAAAUACUCUCAAUUCCACAAUGAAUUCCAGACUGCCUAUACAACCACCUACUCUCCCUAAUAUAUUCUCAACCUUCCCAAAUUCAGGCAGUUCUUUUUCACGUUUAAAUGUAUCUAGUUCUUCUAAUGCUACUCUGUUCCCAUUGUUACAACAACAGCAACUUCGUAUAUCUGGAUCAGCGGCAAAUGUCGCCGCAGGUGCUGCUCUUUCACAAGCAAUACAACAAGCUCGUAGCAUAUCGAAUUCUAAUGUGAUGAAUCGAUCAGGUGUACCGGUCAAUCAUGUAGUAAACAAUGUACCCGCAAAAUCCCAAACUGAGAGGAGUCGUUCGCGUUCUGCCAGCAAUAGCACAGCUUGCAGUUAUGCUCGGGAACGUAAUCCAAGACAUCGAAGAGCUGAUGGUUAUGUAGAAGAAGAGUCUCCACGAUUUGAAACAACUCGACGGAAGUCACAUUCCCCGAGGCGGCGUGAAUUAACUUCAAGACAUGGAGAUUAUGAAAGACCUCGUGGACACAGAUCUCGUAGUCGAUCCAGUCCUCUUCCCAUUGACCGUAAUUUAUUAAUGACUUGGGAUUAUGACGACUAUGUUCAACAAGUUAGCCGUGGUAUGCGAUCGAAUAUAUAUGGUGGAUUGCUUUUCAUCGUAUUUUAAAUCCCGAACUUCGUUGCUGUCCAAUUAAUCAUGGGCCGUAUUCGUAGUUUAUAGUAGUUGACUUUUGAACUAGAUUUUGUAUUUCGUUUCACUUAGAAUUUUCUGAGCUUAUCUUUCUGUGGUUUUGAAGGCAUGAUACCAGAUUACUUGGAUUAUUUGUCAUAGUUGUUUUGUAAUUUGUGGUUAGUACUCUUGUAUAAAUUUGGUUUUCUUGGUUCUCAGAUUCAAUGAAGGAAUACUGAGUUAAAUUUUUAAGCUUUGAUUUAUAUUUUCUUGAGACCAUUUCUAUUUAUUAAAAAAAUCGUAAUCUUAGAAAUUAAGUUAGCACAUGCUAUUCAAAUAUGAAUCUUUCGCGUAUUUCAAAUAUUGAAAUUUAACGAGAUACAGUUCGCUUAUAUGCAAGAAAUCUUGUCAUUGUUGAUCAGACUAAUAACUCAAUGGUUUAUGUUUCAGGGAAGUCGCGUCGCCGGUCCAAGUGCUUAUUCACAAGUUUCCCAAAGUCAUGAAAACGAUCUCAGAUACGAAGAGAAAGUUGAUGCGUUUCUACGAGGAAUUGGGUCACGUCCAAAAGUUGGAGGGCAUGAUCGUCAUUACUCACGCAGUCCUAGCCGUAGCUGUUCAUAUAGUCCACCUCCACCACAUCCCCACAACCGUCGUCGUGAAUAUUAUAGGGGUUCCUCAUCCUACUCCAGAUCUAGAUCGCCUUCUGGACCAAACAUACCUUUAUCUAAGAUCCGUCGUGGAGAGAUAGAUCCUGAUGUUUAUUGUCAUCGCCCACCAAGUCAAUAUUUAUCUCCUCGUCGAAGAGACCAUACAGGUUCUCACAGUCGUUCUCCUACGAGUUUCGGUCGUGAAAUACCAGCACAAUGGAGAAAGCCUUCACAAGCUUCUGUAGCGCAUUCUGGCGGA